UUGCCGUAACAGUCAUGUGACGGUCAACUAUGGCUCCCCUCUCGUAGUGAUGGAGGCGCAUCGUUGACAACAAAACAAAACUGUUAACAUUACUCACGAAUUUGUCCGCUGACAGAAGUUAGCUCCACGAUGCAGAAGAUUAAGUCUCUUAUGGCCCGGCAGGGCCUGAAAAGCCCCCAAGAAAGCAUGGCAGACCUCAGUCCUGUGGAGAACCUGAGGAUUCCGAGCAAGGAGGAGUUGCGGGAGCUGAGGGAGCAGCCCAUUGACCCCCAGGCGGAGCAGGAGAUCAUCGAGAGCAUCGAGGAGGUCUACUUCUCUAACGACUCCUUCGACAUGGUGCAGCACGAACUGGAGAAACUCCCAGCUGAGCUGAACCUGCAGGAGCUGGAGGAGUACAGAGACAAGCUGAAGAGACAACAGGCAGCAGUUUCUAAAAAGGUCGCCGAUCUCAUUCUGGAGAAACAGCCUGCUUAUGUCAAGGAACUGGAGCGAGUGACGGCGUUACAGACUAACCUGCAGCUGGCAGCAGUCAUUUGCACUAAUGCAAGGAGGCAACUGAGUGUUGCAAAGGAGGGAUUCACAGAAGCCAGUCUGGGUUUACUGGCCAAUCAGAGGAGACGACAACUGCUGACAGGCCUGCUUAAGUCACUGAGGACCAUCAAGACGCUGCAAAGAACAGAUGUAAGACUCAGCGAGAUGCUUGAGGAGGAAGACUAUCCAGGUGCAAUCCAGCUCUGUCUGGAAUGCCAGAAGGCUGCCAGCACCUUCAAACACUACAGCUGCAUCAGUGAACUAAAUUCCAAACUGCAAGACACUCUGGAGCAAAUAGAGGAGCAGCUUGAUGUCGCCUUGUCGAAGACUUGUAAGCACUUUGAUGUUUCGCACUACACCAAGGUCCAGCUGGCCUACACGCUCCUGGGCAAGACACAGACUGCUAUGGACCAGCUGCACAUGCACUUCACCCAGGCCAUCCACAACACAGUGUUCCAAGUGGUGCUGGGAUAUGUGGAGCUGUGUGCCGGCAACGCUGAUACCAAGUUCCAGAAGAUGCAGUACAGGGACCUGUGCACACAUAUUACCCUGGACAGCUACAUUCCCUGCCUGACAGAUCUAUGCAAGGCUUUGUGGGAGGUUAUGCUGAGCUACCACCGCACCAUGCAGUGGCACGAGGAGCAUGACAAACAGGAGACCACACCCAUUCCAGAUGAUGCAGCGGCAGCGGAGUCUGAUGAGUUGGUGGUGGACCGUAGCUAUGUAAAGAAGAAGCUGGAGCACGGACUGACACGGAUCUGGCAGGAUGUCCAGUUGAAAGUGAAGGCCUACAUCCUGGGGACAGACAUGUCAAACUUCAAAUACGAUGAUUUCAUAGUGGUUCUGGAUGUCAUCAGCAGGUUGAUGCAGGUGGGGGAGGAGUUCUGCGGCAGCAAGUCAGAGGUCCUGCAGGAGUCCAUCAAACGCCAGAGCGUCAACUACUUUAAAAACUAUCACAGGGCACGGCUGGAAGAGCUGAGGAUGUUUCUGGAAAAUGAAACAUGGGAACUGUGUCCGGUCAAGUCGAACUUUAACAUCGCCCAGCUCCACGAGUUUAAGUUCAUGGGCCAGUGUCGUUCUCCGUCCGUUUCCCCAAGCAGACAGGCCGUGUCCUCGACCAGCCCGGCUCAGGAGGAGCUGUCUCUGUUCAAGCAGUACCUUCAGGACGGGAACCCCUUUGAGAUGCACGCUGAGCACAAAGAGGAGGAGACUGAGGAUGUGCUGGCAUCUAACGGGUACGAGUCAGAUGAGCUGGAAAAGAGCGUGUAUCAAGAUUAUGACAGCGACAGUGAUGUCCCUGAGGAGCUUAAGCAGGACUAUGUUGACGAGCAGACGGGCGAUGUCCCCCACAAGAGUGCAUCCCGAGAGACCAUAAGAAGUAAGAAAAAGUCAGACUACAACCUAAAUAAGACCAAUGCACCGAUCAUCACCAACACCACCCUGAACGUCAUUCGGCUUGUCGGGAAGUAUAUGCAGAUGAUGAACAUUCUGAAGCCGAUCGCCUUUGAUGUCAUCCACUGUGUGUCACAGCUCUUCGACUACUACCUGUACGCUGUAUACACCUUCUUUGGACGAAAUGACAUGCCUGUCCCGAGCCCGUCUUUGCCAACACAUGGUGGCAGAGAGGCGGGCACUGCCAGGGUGGUGGGCCCUGCUUGCUUGUAUGAGUCAUCAGGCCUGGGUCUUAUCAGCAGCAGACUGAGAACCACACUGAACCGGAUCCAGGAGAGCCUCAUUGACAUGGAGGCAGUGGGGGAGAAUGCAGGAGUCCACGGGCCAGCGGAGGACAGGAAGGAGAAAGUGCCCAGCCCCCAUCUCAGCCAACUGGUGGUCCUCACUAACAGUGGGACUCUUUAUGGCCUAGCACAGAGGGUGGUGGCCACUGAGUCUCUUGUGUUUCUGGCUGAACAAUUUGAAUCCCUCCAGUCCCACCUGGAUACAAUGAUGCCUGCAGCCAAGAAACCCUUCCUGCAACAGUUUUAUUCCCAGACGGUGUCUACAGCCAGUGAGCUUCGGAAACCAAUAUACUGGAUUGUUGCAGCCAAGGCCAUCGACUACGAGCAAAUGUUGCUCUUGAUGGCUGGAGUUAAAUGGGACAUUAGGGAGAUAAUGUCACAGCAUAAUGUAUAUGUGGACGUCCUGUUAAAGGAGUUCGAGCAAUUCAACAAGCGGCUAGGUGAUGUUUCCAGACAUGUGCGCAUCCCACUGCCUGUGUCCAACGUCCUGUGGGAGCACUGCAUCCGUCUGGCCAACAGGACUCUUGUAGAAGGGUAAGAAUGUAAUAAAACAACUCUUCAGCACCAGGGGGGGAUGUGUGCAGCCCGGCAUCUCACUAGUGAAGUUGUGGCCAAAGCUUUUUGAAUUAAUUAUUAUUAAAACUUGUGUAUUUUUGGGCAUCCUAUACCUCCCUUUCCUUCUGUAUCAUUCAGUCAAAAAAGCAGCGUGACACAGUGAACAGUACAAAUGUACAUGGUUGUUUAUUCAAACAACAAAAUGAGAAUUUGUAACCCUUAUUCGAAAAGCCUACUUUGUUGCGGUUUUGCCCUUGGUCUCUAGUUCAGAGCAAACCACAGUUUUUAAGCAAAAGUCACAUGGACUCAGAAGCAAAUCAGUUAUCGCAGAGAGUCUUUAUAACCUGUCAAACUACCUGUUUUAGCAUUUUAAAAUUCUGAUUGCAGUUCAUCCAACUUUACCCAAGCAUGAUGGACCUCUCUGUACACUUUGUGGAUUUCGAUUUAUUCCUGUUAAGAGCACUUGAAGAGUAAGAGCACAAGUCCAGAUUGCCGUUUGCCCUGGGUUGUGAUUGUCACGCCAGGCUUUCCCACACAAGUAAAAUCCAUCUCUUUAUAGCCACAAAAACAUGUGCAUAUCCAAGUCUGAGAAGGACUGUUGUCAGCUCCUGAAUGUACUUUUUGCUGGCCAAAGUAUUUAUGGAAAUUAUACCUGUUGGCUAGCAGUUCCUACCUGCUUAAAUACAGUUAUUCAUAUUCAAAAUCAUUGAAUAUAACAAUUAUUGAUAGUUUUUCAGUACAGUAAAAGCCUCAGUCAGCAGUAAGGCUUUGUAUGUUAAAUAUUUCUUUAGGAUAUUCCAGCAGCUAUUCAAGAAGAAAUUCAAUGCUAUUGAAGUUGAUGCUGGAUUAUACUGCGCUGCAAGGAGGAAGGAAAUGUGCACAAAACACAAAGAUUGCCCGGUCUACAUUUUAGCACAAUGGGU